UGACACCGACGAGGGGGGGGGAGAGAGAAAAGCUUUCUGUGGAUAAACGGCGAUAUUGUCGAAGGAGUAACUGUUACCAUGUUAGCUACGCUUUUAUUAAACAAUUUCAACAACAACAAAACAAAAAAAAACUCUUCAAAUUCGUAAGACAUACUUGAGAACAUACCUUGGGAUUAAACAGUCAUCUUUUGUCAAAUAAAAACGGUUCAAAGUACGUUAGUAAAAACUAGAAGAGAAAACCCGUUUCGUCUUGAACCGGACUAAAAUCCGUUGGCUAAGCUAGUCCUUCUCGAGAAGCGGGGUGCGCCGAGAGAAGAUGACUGGUGUGGUUUGCGUUGAUCAAGAAACCUUCUCGACACCCUUGGACGGAUUUAAAAAGCGUAUUUGUGUAGCGAAAUAUCCGUACUUUUAACAUCAAAUCAUCUCGAGUACUAAACACACACAGAUUAAAUCGUGUCAUCAACGAAGGUUUUUGAGAAGGAGUUUUCUCUCUCUCUCUCUCUCUCCCCCCCUCCUCCACAGACUGUUGUUGUGAGAGGAGCAGACACUGACCGUCUUCAUCACCAGAGUACCCGAAGCUCACGCUUCUCCCACAAAUAAACAAAGGAUACAUUUCAAGAUGUAUCCGCAGGGCCGACAUCCGGCACCUGGACAUGGUCAGCCGGGUCAGCCUGGGUUCAAGUUCACCGUAGCAGAGUCCUGCGACAGGAUCAAAGACGAGUUUCAGUUCCUGCAGGCCCAGUAUCACAGUCUUAAGGUGGAGUACGACAAGCUCUCCAAUGAGAAGACAGAGAUACAGCGCCACUAUGUCAUGUAUUACGAGAUGUCCUAUGGGCUCAACAUAGAGAUGCAGAAACAGACAGAGAUAGCCAAGCGGCUCAACGCGAUUCUAGCUCAAAUUAUGCCUUUCCUGUCACAAGAGCACCAACAGCAGGUAGCCCAGGCAGUAGACAGAGCUAAACAGGUUACCAUGACCGAGCUCAAUGCCAUCAUCGGGGUACGUGGGCUUCCCAAUCUGCCCCUCACCCAGCAACAGCUCCAGGCUCAGCACCUGUCCCAUGCAGCCCACGGUGGUCCACCCCUUCUGGCUGCACACCCCUCGGGACUCCAGCCUCCCGGAAUAAUCCCAGGGUCUGGACUACUGGCCCUGGGAGCUCUGGGGAGCCAGGCUAACCUCCCUGUUAAAGAUGAGAAGAAUCACCAUGAUGUGGAACACAGAGCAGAGAGCACGAAUAACGUCUCCCCGGCCGACAGCUUGAGGACAGCCAGUGAGAAACACAGCUCCUCCGACUACAGUCUGGACUCUAAGAAACGCAAAUUGGACGAGAAGGACAAUAUGAGCAGAUACGACAGUGAUGGGGAUAAGAGUGAUGACCUGGUCGUAGAUGUGUCCAAUGAGGACCCCGCUACCCCUCGGGCUAGCCCCGCUCACUCGCCCGAGGGGAACAGCAUCGGUAAGCCCCGCCCCCAGAAGGACACGCCCACCAGCCCCGCCUCUGUAGCGUCGUCCAGCAGCACGCCCUCCUCCAAGAACAAGGAACACCAUAAUGACAAGUCAUCAAUGCCAGGCCUGAAGUCGACCACCCCCACCCCUCGUAGCGACGCCCCCACCCCAGGCACCUCCACCACUCCUGGGCUGCGGCCCGUCCUGGGCAAACCCCCUGGCAUGGAGGCUCUGGCGGCCCCGGCCCUGAGGACACCCCUGUACCCUCCCUUCGUUAUGAUGGGUCACCAUCAUGAUAUAAAUGGAGGUCUGACCAGCCCUGGGGUCUACGCUGGACUACACAUCUCUCCUCAGAUGAGUGCUGCCGCCGCUGCGUAUGGACGAUCACCCAUGGGUUUUGAUCCUCAUCCCCACAUGAGACCAGGUCUUCCAGCCAGUCUCACCUCCAUACCUGGAGGAAAACCAGCCUACUCCUUCCACGUGAGUGCGGACGGCCAGAUGCAGCCGGUGCCGUUCCCUCCGGACGCCCUGAUAGGCCCGGGGAUCCCCCGGCACGCCCGUCAGAUCAACACGCUGAGCCACGGUGAGGUGGUGUGUGCCGUCACUAUCUCUAAUCCAACCAGACACGUCUACACAGGAGGGAAGGGCUGUGUCAAGAUCUGGGACAUCAGCCAGCCGGGCAGCAAGAGUCCUGUCUCUCAACUAGACUGUCUGAACAGGGAUAACUACAUCCGUUCCUGUAAGCUUCUCCCUGACGGUCGUACCCUCAUCGUAGGAGGAGAAGCCAGUACUUUAACCAUCUGGGAUCUAGCCUCCCAGACGCCUCGUAUCAAGGCUGAGCUGACGUCUUCCGCCCCGGCCUGCUACGCCCUCGCCAUCUCCCCAGACGCCAAGGUCUGUUUCUCCUGUUGCAGCGAUGGGAACAUCGCCGUCUGGGACCUGCACAACCAGACUCUCGUCAGGCAGUUCCAGGGCCAUACGGACGGGGCUAGCUGUAUAGAUAUCUCUCACGAUGGGACCAAGCUGUGGACCGGAGGUCUGGACAACACAGUGCGCUCCUGGGACCUGAGAGAGGGACGACAACUACAGCAGCACGACUUCACCUCACAGAUCUUCUCUCUAGGAUACUGCCCGACUGGGGAGUGGUUAGCUGUAGGGAUGGAGAGCAGUAAUGUAGAGGUGCUCCACCACACCAAACCUGACAAAUACCAGCUACAUCUCCAUGAGAGCUGUGUCCUCUCCCUCAAGUUCGCUAACUGCGGUAAAUGGUUUGUGUCUACAGGGAAGGACAAUCUGCUGAACGCCUGGAGGACUCCAUAUGGAGCCAGUAUAUUCCAGUCGAAGGAGUCUUCGUCAGUCCUUAGCUGUGACAUCUCAGCAGACGACAAGUACAUCGUCACAGGCUCCGGGGACAAGAAGGCUACUGUCUACGAGGUAAUCUACUAGAGACAGACACACAGACGGACGGACAGAUGGGAUUAUGGUGGAGGACCUCAUAUGGGAUUAUGGUGGAGUGGAGGACCUCAUAUGGGAUUAUGGUGGAGUGGAAGACCUCAGAUGGGAUUAUGGUGGAGUGGAAGACCUCAGAUGGGAUUAUGGUGGAGUGGAGGACCUCAGAUGGGAUUAUGUUGGAGUGGAGGACCUCAGAUGGGAUUAUGGUGGAGUGGAGGACCUCAGAUGGGAUUAUGGUGGAGUGGAGGACCGCAGAUGGGAUUAUGGUGGGGUGGAAGACCUCAGAUGGGAUUAUGGUGGAGUGGAAGACCUCAGAUGGGAUUAUGUUGGAGUGGAGGACCUCAGAUGGGAUUAUGUUGGAGUGGAGGACCUCAGAUGGGAUUAUGCUGGAGUGGAGGACCUCAAAUGGGAUUAUGGUGGAGUGGAGGACCUCAGAUGGGAUUAUGCUGGAGUGGAGGACCUCAAAUGCGAUUAUGGUGGAGUGGAGGACCUCAAAUGGGAUUAUGGUGGAGUGUAGGACUUCAUAAUGCUCAGGAACACUGGAUUACUCAUACCUCCCUCACAGAGACAGACAUCCUGGAUGUGAUGUUGGCGUUCUGGAGUCUGCUGGCCCACAGCCCCCUGGACUGGCGGUCUGGGAUGCUUCGCUGACCUGGGUAGUAUGGCCGGACUGGGGCUGAGUUUGACCAGACUGGUAUUGUGUCUCAGGCUCUGCCCGUCCUCACUCGUUAGGACUAAGUAGUGGCAGUACACUAGUUGAGUGAGUUAAGGUAGCUCCAGAGGCACUAAGAGAAGAAGAAACAUUUUGUUUUUCUAUUUGUUUUUUGUGUCGCGGCGGCACAGAGAGGAUAGAGGAGAGAGGUUCAAGGUUCAGUGUGACUCAGCGUGAAAAAGCAUCCCUGUGUAAAGUCAAAUGUACAUAGUAGUUUAGCUAGUGUACAUGACGGCAGAAUAAAAGGCGUUUAUAUUCUGGUGUCCAGAUCCACUCUCUCUGGUUCUGCCUGUGUGAUGGUUCUCUCUGCAUGUAUUAGGGCUCCCGAGUGGCGCAGCGGUCUAAGGCACUGCAUCUCAGUGCUAGAGGCGUCACUGCAGUCCCUGGUUCGAAUCCGGCCGUCCCGGAGUCCCAUAUGGUGGCGCACAAUUGGCCCAGCAUCGUCCGGGUUUGGCCGGGGGUAGGCCGUCAUUGUAAAUAAGAAUUUGUUCUUAACUGACUUGCCUGGUUAAAUAAAGGUGAAAUAAAA